AUGAGACUCUUUAUAAGUUCAUUAAAUGUACCAAUUGGAUAUUCAACACCAGAAUUCCCAUCAUUAUUUUGGCCAUUAGGACCAAGUCAACAAGCUUAUCAAAAUUCAUUUCUUUAUUAUUCUUGGGAUAUUUGGAAGUUUACUGUUUUUUGGUCAUUAAUCUUAUUUGGUGCUUUAUAUAUAAUUGUUGGUACAAUUGCUGCUAUAAGUAAUAUCUUAAAUAAAUUUAGACAUAAAUUACCAAUUGGUCCAAUAGAAUUAUUUACUUGUUUAUUUAUAUUAGGAUUUUAUAUAAUUGUUGGUUUAUUUAAAGGGUUUUGUAGUGGUGCUAUUAUUGGUUUAAUUAUAUCUGCUAUUUAUGAAGCUGGUUCUUUAACUAUGAGUACUUGGAUUCCAUUGACUUGGGCUAUUAUUGGUAUCUUGUAUGAUAUUGCCCUGAGUUAUCUGACUAGUAGAAUUAUACUAUAA